AUAAUUCUCUUUGCCUUAAUCGUUGCCUAGCAACAAAUAAGCACGAAACGUAUCUAUUGGGAAUGUUAAAAUAAUAUAAUUAUUAGUAUGUACAUAUUAACACGAGUUUUAUACUUUUAUUGUUUACCUUCACAACUCCAGGGUGUCACAGUGUUUCACACUGAUGUAUUGCGCCCUACAAAUGCAAAUAUAGUUGUUUGAGACACCAAAUAUAGAAAUAUGGGUGACGAAGAACAAGCUACGUUAGAUGGUCAAUAUUACGAAUUCUGCAAACUUUUUGAUAACAAGCGCUCGGGAACUACAAUAACCCUAUACAGGUCUGACUUCUGGAUGCGACAGGCUAAAAUAUUAGACGAUAGAAAAGUUACCAUGACCGACACAGGAAUUAUUUUUAACAAGUUCAGCAAAACUGAAUUAACUUUUGAAGAAUGGCUAGAAUUUUUGACGGAAUUAUGUGAAAUGAAAGAACUGAACGAAGAGAAGGUUAAAGAAGCGCUCACUAACUGCGGUCUACCUGGACAAAUAGCCAUUGUGCUACCUCAAUACCGGGACUACUUUCUCACUUACAAACCGAAAGAUAAGACUCCUGUCUGACCUACCUAGUAUACGACUCGUUGUUUCCAUUAAAAAUGGAAUUUUGUAAAUUUAUUCGAUACUUAUUAUUCAUUUAGAAUUAUUUAAGUAUGUACUAUGUUUGAAUACAAGUUUAGUUUGUAGUUUUGAUUACGAUGUUCUUUUUGGAGAUAUCAUUAAAAUAAAUUUCAUAACA